UACGCGCACUGUGACACAUUUAAACUGUUGGCUGCAGGGAGGACAAGCUGAGGAGGCUGGUUUAAAACCCUGAAGCUGCUGGAAGCUGAGGAGGCUGUUUUUUGUGAAGACUGCUCAGCUGGAGAACACUUGGAUAGAGUAACCCACCAUGGAGGAAGUCGUCAUAGCAGGAAUGUCGGGUCGUUUGCCCGAGUCCGACAACUUGGAGGAAUUCUGGGAAAACCUCAUUAAUGGUGUGGACAUGGUGACAGAGGACAACCGCCGGUGGACUCCAGGUCUGUACGGCCUUCCAAAGCGGAAUGGUAAACUCAAGGACAUCAGCCACUUUGAUGCAGCGUUCUUUGGGGUCCACCCCAAACAGGCGCACACCAUGGACCCGCAGCUCCGCCUGAUGCUGGAGAUUGCUUACGAGGCGAUUGUUGAUGGAGGGCUGGUUCCAGAGACGCUGCGCGGCAGUAAGACUGGGGUCUACAUCGGGGUGAGUGGCUCUGAAGCGGGUGAGGCCUUCAGCAGAGACCCAGAAGAGCUUCUGGGCUACAGCAUGACUGGCUGCCAACGCGCCAUGUUGGCCAACAGACUCUCCUACUUCUUUGACUUCAACGGACCAAGCACCGCUAUCGACACCGCCUGCUCGUCUAGCCUGCUCGCCCUGGAAAACGCCUUCCAUGCCAUCCGCAAUGGCCACUGUGAUGCUGCGUUGGUGGGCGGAGUCAACCUGCUGCUCAAGCCACACACCUCAGUGCAGUUCAUGAAGCUGGGCAUGCUCAGUCCAGAAGGAUCCUGCAAGUCCUUUGACGCCGCAGGAAAUGGAUACUGCCGCUCGGAGGCGGCCGUGGCCAUGCUGCUGACUAAACGAUGCUUGGCUAAAAGGGUCUACGCCACAGUGGUCAAUGCUGGCAACAACACAGAUGGAUUCAAAGAGCAGGGUGUGACCUUUCCUUCGGGUGAGAUGCAGCAGAAGCUGGUUGGUUCGCUCUACCUGGAAGCUGGCAUCUGCGCGGAUGAGGUGGAAUAUGUGGAGGCUCAUGGGACGGGAACAAAGGUGGGCGACCCACAGGAAGUGAACGGCAUCGUCAGCGUGUUCUGUAGGUCAAAGAGAAAUCCUCUGCUUAUCGGCUCCACCAAGUCCAACAUGGGCCACCCAGAACCUGCCUCCGGUCUGGCUGCCCUGGCCAAGGUGCUGCUUUCUGCUGAGCGAGGAGUUUGGGCUCCCAACCUGCACUUCAACAGUCCCAAUCCCGACAUCCCUGCUCUGGUCAACGGCCAGGUUCAUGUUGUUGACCGGCCUGUACCUGUUCGAGGUGGCAUCGCAGGAGUCAACUCCUUUGGGUUUGGGGGAUCAAACGUCCACGUGAUUCUACGUCUUCCUAAGCCAUGCGCCCAGAAAUCUGCAGAGAUGACAUCUUCAACCAGACUGGUUCCCAGGUUACUUCAGGCCUGUGGCCGUACGGAGGCUGCCGUAAACACCAUACUCAGCAAAGGGAAGGAACACACUGCAGACGACAGCUUCCUGUCUUUGCUGAAUGAGGUGUCAAGGGUUCCCACGGCCAGCAUGCCCUACCGAGGCUACACUAUGAUCAGUUCUCAGAGCGAUGUGGUUGAAGUGCAGCAGGUGCAGGCGGUGCCCCGGCCACUCUGGUACAUCUGUUCAGGUAUGGGCACGCAGUGGGCAGGAAUGGGCUGCAGCCUCAUGCAGCUUCCAGACUUCAGACAGUCCAUUUUGCAUUCGGACGCUUGCCUGAAGGACACGGGUCUGGUUGUGUCUCAUCUGCUCAUGGAAGCUGAUGACGCCACCUUUGAAGACACCAUACACGCUUUUGUUGGCCUUGCUGCAGUGCAGAUUGCCCUGAUUGACCUGCUGCAUAAGAUGGGCCUGAAGCCUGACGGCAUCGUUGGUCACUCUGUUGGUGAGCUGGCCUGUGGCUACGCUGACGGCUCUCUCAGCCACCGUCAAGCCAUCCUGGCCGCCUACUGGCGAGGUCAUUGUAUCAAAGAAGCUAGUCUCCCUCCUGGAGGCAUGGCGGCAGUCGGUCUGACCUGGGAGGAGUGCACGGCUCAGUGUCCACAGGGGAUUGUUCCUGCGUGCCACAACUCUGAGGACACCGUCACCAUCUCAGGACCUCAGGAGGCAGUUCGUCAGUUUGUGAGUGAGCUGAAGGAGAAAGGAGUGUUUGCCAAGGAGGUGCGGAGCGCCGGCGUGGCCUUCCAUUCCUACUACAUGGCCGCCAUCGCCCCAAAUCUACUUGCAGCUCUCAGAAAGGUGAUCAAAAAGCCCCGGCGGCGUUCGUCCCGCUGGGUGAGCACGAGCAUCCCUCAGUCCGAGUGGAGCUCUGAUCUGGCGGUGUACAGCUCAGCAGAGUACCACGUCAACAACCUGGUGAGCCCGGUGUUGUUCCAGGAGGGCCUGAGCCUGGUGCCUGACCAUGCCAUGGUGGUGGAGAUCGCACCACACGCUCUGCUGCAGGCCAUCCUGAAGCGAAGCCUGAAGAGCACAUGUUCCAUUCUUCCCCUGAUGAAGAGAGGCAGUGGCAACAACCUGGACUUCUUCCUCACAAACGUUGGCAAAAUCUACAUGAAUGGCAUUGAUGUGGACAGUAAUGCCUUGUGCCCAGCAGUAAAGUACCCAGUACCAGUUGGUACCCCACUGAUCUCUCCCCUGGUCCAGUGGGACCACACACAAAUUUGGGAUGUCCCUAAAGCUGAGGACUUUCCUUGUGCUUUGGGAGGUUCUGCUUCUGCCACCAUCUACAAUAUUGAUGUGAACCCUGAAUCUGCAGACUUCUACCUGACUGGUCACUGCAUCGAUGGGCGUGUCCUCUACCCAGCCACGGGUUACCUCGUGCUGGCCUGGCGGACACUGGUGAGAAGUCUGGGUGUUGUGAUGGAAACCACACCUGUGACAUUUGAUGACAUCACCAUCCACAGAGCUACAAUUCUGCCCAGGACCGGGUCUGUUCAGCUGGAGGUCAGGCUCAUGCCUGCCACCAACAGGUUUGAGGUGUCUGAGAAUGGAAACCUAGCUGUAAGCGGUCAGGUUCGCGUUCUGGAUGACGCUGCCUUGGAAUUGUUUCAUCGCCUGAUAAAUCAAGACGUUGCCAAUGGUGGAGACCAAUCGAGAAUGAAGCUGACAGCAUCGGACAUCUACAAGGAGCUCCGUCUCCGAGGUUAUGACUAUGGCAAGACCUUCCAGGGCAUCCUGGAAUCCAACAACACAGGUGACAGCGGUGAGCUGCAGUGGACGGGAAACUGGGUGACCUUCCUGGACACCAUGCUGCAGAUGGUUGUGGUUGGACUAUCUGGUCGAAGCUUACGAUUACCAACAAGGAUCCGCUCAGUCUCUGUUGAUCCAAACUUCCACUCCAGUAAAGUCCAUCAGUACGCUGAGGAAAAACAAGCUGUGGUUGUCCACGUGAACCGCUGUCUUGACAGCGUGGUUGCCGGCGGAGUCCAGAUCUGCGGUCUGCAUGCCACUGUGGCUCCCCGCCGACAGCCACAGAGCCGAGCCAUCCUGGAGGAGUUUGUGUUUGUUCCCUACGUGGAGACAGACUGCCUGAAGGCCAGCAGCAACCUGACAGAGCAACUCAACAUCAGCAAAGGUUUGAUCAGCAGACUGCAGCAGCACUUGGCCCCUCACGGUGUCACACUCUCAAUCCCCGGCCUUGAAGGCGUAUCGGACUGCCCUCUGCCGUGCCCUGAGGUCUGUCAGCCUGGAAUUGUGCAGUUGCUGUCGCUGCUUUGCAGCCUGGACCUGAAUGGGACCCUUUGGUCAGAUUUGGUUCAGACACUGGAGAAGGAGAGGAUGUCCUUGCUGCAGGACAGCUUGCUGCACGGCCUGCUCGAUGGCCCAGAACUAAGACACUGUCUGGAUAUUACCAAGGAAAACAUCACAACCAGCAGGAUCAAAGUCCUGGAGGCUUUCUCCAAUGAUGGACAGCUCUUCUCCCGUGUGGUGAAACUGCUCAGUAUUCAGCCUAUGCUGCAAGUAGACUACACAGCCACGGCUACUGACCUGGACCUCCUGGAGGCCCACAAGGCGGUUCUGGAGGAGCUGGGUGUCUCCUAUGUCCAGUGGGACCCAGUAAAGGACUCUGCUUCUGGAAGUGUCUUAGGGGAGGCAGACUUGGUAGUUUGUAAUCAUGCCUGGGGACCUCUCAGGACAGAGGCUAAAGUGUUGGUGGCCAAUCUGGCCUCUGGAGCCAAGCAAGGUGGCUUUGUUCUUCUCCACACACUGCUGAAGGGAGAGACUCUGGGGGAGAUGGUCGCCUUCCUGUCCACCGUGCCUGAAGGCCAGAGCAGCCAGCGUGACUUUCUGACGCAGGCUGAGUGGGAGACUGUGUUCUCAGAGGCCUCACUCAACCUGGUUGCUGUCAGGAGGUCCUGCUACGGUUCGGUCAUCUUCCUUUGUCGCUGCCGCACGCCCAGCCAGCAGCCAGUUUUCCUUGCUGUGGACAGCAGAGAUUGCCAGUGGGUGGAAAAACUGAAGAUGGCUCUUGCUGAUUCUUCCAACAGUCUGAUCUGGUUAACUGCAGCUCAGUCACACUGUGGAAUUGUGGGAAUGGUCAACUGUCUAAGGCAGGAGCCAGGUGGUUCACGAAUACGCUGUGCAUUUGUCUCCAACCUAAAUGAGUCUUCGAUGACACCAUGUUUCCAAUUGAGCGAUAAGAGCAUGCAGGUGGUCCUGGACAGGGAUCUGGUCAUGAACGUGUUCAGAGAUGGACACUGGGGAACCUUCAGACACCAGCUCCUCACUCAGGAUCUGAGUGAAGAGCCGACAGAGCAGGCCUACGUUGACGUUUUGACUCGAGGCGACUUGUCGAGUCUGCGCUGGAUUGCCUCACCACUGCGACAUUUUGUUGCUCCAAACCCCAGUGUGCAGCUGUGCCGUGUCUACUUCAGCUCCCUGAAUUUCAGAGACAUCAUGCUGGCCACUGGCAAGCUUCCACCUGAUGCUAUUCCAGGAGACCUCGCUCAGCAGCAGUGCAUGCUGGGUAUGGAGUUCUCUGGUCGUGAUCCAAGCAGUCAGCGUGUGAUGGGGCUGCUGCCGGCUAAAGGCCUGGCAACCUGUGUGGAUGUGGACAAGCGUUUCCUCUGGGACGUCCCCCACAGUUGGACUCUGGAGCAGGCAGCCUCUGUGCCAGUCGUCUACGCCACAGCCUACUACUCUCUGGUGGUUCGUGGCAGGCUCCGCCCCCGAGAGACCGUUCUCAUCCAUUCAGGAUCCGGUGGAGUUGGCCAGGCUGCUAUUGCCAUUGCACUCAGCAAGAACUGCAAAGUCUUCACAACAGUUGGUUCUGCAGAGAAGCGUGCCUACCUGCAGACGAGAUUCCCGCAGCUCUCAGCCGAAUCCUUCACAAACUCCAGAGACACGUCCUUUGAACAGCACAUCCUGCUCCACACACGCGGAAAAGGUGUGGACCUGGUGCUGAACUCCUUGGCCGAGGAGAAGCUGCAGGCCAGUGUCCGCUGUCUGGCUCGACACGGCCGAUUCCUGGAGAUUGGCAAAUACGACCUGUCCAACAACUCCCCGCUGGGCAUGGCUCUGUUCUUGAAGAAUGUGGCCUUCCAUGGUAUCCUGUUGGAUGCCCUGUUUGAAGAAGAUAAUCAGGAGUGGGAGGAAGUGUCUGAGCUACUGAAGGAGGGCAUUGUGAGAGGUGUAGUUCAGCCACUAAAGACCACAGUGUUUGACAGGGAUCACGUGGAGGACGCCUUCAGAUACAUGGCUCAAGGCAAACACAUUGGCAAGGUCCUUCUCCAGGUCCAGCCCGAGGAGACUGACGCAGUCCGUCCUGCUUCGUCCCCUUUAUCUCUUCCUGCCAUCUGUCGCACGUUCUUCCUGCCUUGGCGCUCUUACAUAAUCACCGGUGGACUUGGAGGCUUUGGUCUGGAGCUCGCUCACUGGCUGACUGAGAGAGGAGCUCGCAAACUUGUGCUGACUUCAAGAUCAGGGAUCAGAAAUGGUUACCAGGCAAAGCGACUGCAGGAGUGGCAGAGUCGGGGUGUUCAGGUUCUGGUGUCCACCAGUGACGUCGGCACACUGGAAGGAACCAACCAACUCGUGACUGAGGCCCAAACACUGGGCCCUGUGGGCGGAGUCUUCCACCUCGCUAUGGUGUUGAAAGACGGCAUGUUGGAGAACUUAAGUCCUCAACAUUUUCUUGAUGUCAACAAACCCAAAUAUGAUGGCACCUUACACUUGGACAAAGUGACCCGGAGCUUGUGUCCCGACCUGGAAUGCUUCGUGGUCUUCUCAUCAGUCAGCUGUGGCCGCGGAAACGCCGGCCAAAGCAACUACGGUUACGCCAACUCUGCCAUGGAGCGCGUGUGCGAGAAACGGCGCUACGAUGGCCUUCAUGGACUCGCAGUCCAGUGGGGUGCCAUAGGCGAUGUGGGAGUGGUCCUGGAGACGAUGGGCAGCAAUGACACGGUCAUCGGAGGGACACUCCCACAGCGUAUCACUUCCUGUCUGCAGGUGCUCGACCACUUCCUGUGCCAGAAGCAGCCGGUGGUGUCUAGCUUUGUGUUGGCGGAGAGAACGGUGGUGAAGAGUGAUACACAAUCCUCCAAAAGCUUAGUGGAUGCUGUCGCACACAUUCUGGGAGUGCGCGAUUUGAACAGCUUAAACUUGGACGCCUCGUUGGCUGACCUGGGCCUAGACUCCCUGAUGGGCGUGGAGGUUCGGCAAACGCUGGAACGUGACUAUGACAUCAUCAUGCCGAUGCGGGAGAUCCGACAGCUCACAGUCAACAAGCUGAGGGAGCUGUCCACAAAGAAGCCCAGUGCACCUGAAGCCCACAGUUCUGUGGAAUCUGAUCAUCUUCCAGUCAGCGGUAAGCCUGGUGUGACCGAUCUGACCCUGCUGUUGGUUGACCCCAGUGACCCCACAGUGAUCCCCCUCAACAAGGUGCAGAGCCACGAAAGGCCGCUUUUCCUGGUUCAUCCCAUAGAGGGCUCCAUCGCUGCCUUCAAGACACUAGCCUCCAAGCUUCAUGUGCCGUGUUACGGCCUGCAGUGCACGAAAGCGGCUCCUCUGGACAGCGUCCACGUCCUGGCUGCCUACUACGUGUCGUGUAUCAGACAGGUCCAGCCCGACGGGCCGUACUGGGUGGCCGGCUACUCCUUUGGUGCCUGUGUGGCUUUUGAGAUGUGCUCUCAGCUACAGAUGCAGAACUGUCCAGUGGAACAUCUUUUCCUGUUUGACGGCUCGCACUCGUAUGUGGCGGCGUACACGCAGCACUACAGGUCCAAACUGACACCAGGGAAUGAGGCUGAGGCUGAAACUGAGGCACUCUGUGCUUUCAUCCAGCAGUUCAUUGAAAUCAGAUACAACGAGCUCCUCGAGGUUCUUCUUCCGCUGCCGGACCUGGAGGCCCGCGUCGGAGUGGCAGUUGAUCUCAUCACAGCCACUCAAAAGAACGUCAGCAGGGACUUGCUGCACUUUGCAGCCAUCUCUUUCUACAACAAGCUGAAGGCUGCCGAUGACUACACGCCAAAAACGAAGUACCACGGCAAUGUGAUCUUACUGCGUGCCAAAACCAGCAGCGAAUACGGAGACAACCUGGGAGCCGACUACAGGCUCAGCGAGGUGUGCGACGGUAACUUGUCGGUGCACGUCAUCGAGGGCGACCACCGCAGCUUCCUGGAAGCCGAGGGCGUGGACUCCAUCAGUAGGAUCCUUCACCGCUCGCUCACUGAGUCUGCAGGAAGCGACUAGACGUGUUCCAGGCCAGCACGCCUUCUUACACAUUCCCGCGCCACGCCCCCUUCACCGUGUUCGCUGUACAGCUGGAGACUUUAAAAACGUUUCUUUUCUGUCCACUUUAGCCGCCUCUUUCCACAAAAAAACCCCAAGCCGCGAGUCAACAGUCUGCAUGUGGACAGACCAACGUUUGAUUGGUCUUUUCAUAUUAAGAUCCUCCGCUGAGGGACUCGCUCGCUCUCCUGCUGCCUGGCGGUCUGUCACAGCCGUGGACGCUUCAGUUCUGUCCAUGUCUCUGUGUCUGAGGCUGUCUCACCUCAGUCUGACCUGAGGACACUCAAACAUGCUGCUCGCCUUGGAUAAGACACACCUGUCUGUCACAGACUAAGCCACGCCCCCUCUACAGUACACUUUUUGAAGGGUCUUUUCCUGCACCCGCUGUCCUGUGGUUUAUUUUUGUGGUUUCCCAUCAGUCCAGCCUCCCAAGUCUAGUUCAGUUCCAGUUUGAUUUUUUUUUGAGUCCAUGGACAUACUGUGUUUUUAAUGUCUGUCGAAGAGGAAAAAAAAUAUGUUGCACCUUUUUGCUGUAUUUUCAGCUCGUUGUUUUUGUACAUUGUCGUGUAGUUUUAGUAUCAGUUUAUUUUUAGUGUGUAUUCUGGAAAAGCCCAAAAUAAACAGUUAUUUUACUAUA